AUGUUAGAAAGGAGAUUGAGUAGCCACCGUAACCGCCAUCUUCACCACCGCCAAUUCUUAUCUGAUGUACUCGGUGAGAGUGAGGGUGAAGGUGGUGAUAGUGGCGGCGAUGGCAGCAGCAGCAGCAACAGCAGCACCGAAACCAACACAGCAGCCACAGCCGCUUCAUCCCCAACGUCUUCGUCUUCUUCACCGUCUUCUUCGUCUUCUUUGUCUUCGUCUUCUUCACCGUCUUCUUCACCGUCUUCUUCUUCCUCUCCCUCCUCCGACAGCACGGAAACUUCGACUAGCUCAAGCUCUUCUGAUAGUUCUAGUAGUUCUGAUAGUUCUGAUAGUUCUAGUAGCUCUAGUAGUUCCAGUAGUUCCAGUUCCAGCAGCUCCAGCAGCUCCAGCAGCUCAUCCACACCUACUCCCUCUCCCACCUCCCACCCCUCCCUCUCCACAGACCCAGACAAUGGCCAAGUCCAUACAGUCACCGCAGAUACUUCCUCCACCUCCUCCACCUCCAACAAUUCCUCCCCCACUCUCUCCACCGGCGCCAUUGCCGGUAUAGCAGCCGGCGGUGCCUGUGCCAUCAUCCUCCUCGCUAUCCUCAUAGGCUGCUGUGUGCGACGCAAGCGCACCCGCACCGUCGUCGACCCCUUCAACCGCUACUCGUUCAAGCACGAGGGUGAGAUGAUUCCCGAUGUCAAUGGGAGUGGCAGUGUGAGUGGGGGCUUGGAUGAGGGUAAUAACGACAUGCAUGUCUCAGCUCAAGGUUUCCGCGACAGCACCCUCUCGGCACCCAACAUGGCAGGUCUGGGCGCUGCAGGAGCAGGUAGCACCAACUACAUGCCCCUCCCGUCACUGCCUGGUCUCGCACACGUGCCGGGCGCUCCUCCGAUCUCGCGCGUUGAGUCCCCGCCACAUGCAAUGCACCCUCGCUCGCCUUUCGACCCAUAUCCACAGCAUAUGCAGCCGAUGCAGAUGCAGAUGCCUUAUAUGCAGCAGAUGCAGCCACCUCAGCCACCUCAGAUACAGCCACCUCACAUGAACCCAAAGCAGAACAUGCAGCCACCGCACAUGCAGCACUUGGUGCACACUGCUCCCCCUUACAAACCACCCUCCCCUAGCUACUUCCCCAACUACAGCGAUGCACUCAUACCCCCACGGCCACCUCUUAUCGAUAGGUCGCCAUCGGUGCAGUCGCACGCGGCACUCGUGUCAUCGGCCUCGCCUUCGCACUCUCCCUCAGAGUCCGUAUCGCCGUCACCGUCACCGUCACCCUCACUCUCACCGCCUAGGUACACGGCUGGAGACAGCAGCAGCAGCGCACUCAACACACCCAACGCAUUCAAUAACCACGUGGACCUUCUCCCUAACCCUUAUGAAAACACCGUCCCAAGUAAAGGCGUAGAUACCACUCAGGCUACUUACAGACCAGCGUAUAGCAACACUAACACUAACAUCAACUCUCGCUACUCUACCUCUCUCAAUCUCGACGACGCCUAUUCGGGUAUUUAG